UUAAUGGUGGGGAACCUUUUUAACAUCUAAAGAACCGUGAAGGUCCAGUGUGACGGCCGUAAGUGUGACGUGUGUGUCACUAUGGGUCAGGGCGUCUUUAUAACACUGAACCUGCCAGGUCAUGAAGGAUCAAAAACAGAAAACAUGAAGAACGUCCGUUCUGGCCAUCAGAUAAGGGAGGAGAGGAUCUCACUAGUCUUGGGGGUGCGGCGGUUGUUUUUACUUUUGGAAGAAAGAAAAAGACGUCAGAGGAAAAGCAGAGAAGUUAUUUAGAAGGAAAACGGGUUCCGUUUACUUCGCUACGUCACGGUUUUAUGGUGAAUCAGAUGUUUAAUUCGGGGAAGGAUCUGAUAAAUGCAAAAGAAGAAAAAUAUUAUUGGCACCUUUACAGUAAAUAAAUCCGGCAUUUUUGGUGGAUAUUCAGAUUUCCCUUUCGAACUCGAGGAGGAUGGACUGCAUCAAUGGUAGCCAAAAUAGAAAAAAAUUCAGUGUGAACCACCUUCUGGACCUUGAAGAAGCAUCAGCUGUGAAGGGGAUGAAGGAUCGAGCCGUGGGGAUCGAGAAGGCAGCGAUGGGGCGAGCGGAGGGGUCGGCGCCAAGCAGCCCGCUUCAUGCAGGUUCUGUUCCCCCUCAAACACGUUCUGAAGCAGCUGAAGGCACGAUAAAGAGAAGGAAGAAAGAGCGCCGCAGUCGGACCACCUUCAGCAGCAGCCAGCUGCAGGCCCUGGACCGGGUCUUCGAGCGCACGCACUACCCCGACGCCUUCGUGCGAGAGGAGCUGGCUCGCCAGGUCAACCUCAGUGAGGCCCGCGUGCAAGUGUGGUUCCAGAACCGACGUGCCAAGUUCCGGAGGAAUGAGAGAGCGAUCCUAAGCAGCCGCUCCAGCAGUCUGCUCAGGCCCAGUGACCAGGAGGCAGCCCUCGACCGGCAGGUGGCGCCACACUCCACCCUCCUCAGCUCUGACUCUGUCUCAUGGUCUCCUCCCACAUCUUACAGCCUGGCUUCAGCCAAUGGCCCCCUGGAUGUACAGGCGAGUGGAGCCAGCAUGACAAAGAGCAUCACCAGCCUACGCCUGAAGGCCAAAGAAUACGGGCUGUACCACAGCCAAGUGCCGACGGCCAACUGACGCCUGUACAGUGCCGCAUAAUCCUGCCUGUCUCCAAGACACAGGACCAGACCGCUGGCAUAGUGAGACCCCAGUGAGACCCCAGUGAGACCCCAAUGAGACCCCAAAGGACUGCUCGAAAGAAAACUGGGCCACUUUGGACUCCCAGAAGGAUUUCUGAGAGUCUCCUGCCCACAACCGGCACGACACUCACUGAGUUUCCAAUCUAAUAUUUCUGUGUGUAGCAGUGUACAAUCUGCUGAAAAGCAUGAAGUGGUCAAAAUGAAGUUUUCUAAUGAAACAUUUGCUUAAAACAUUGUAUUGUUUUUUUGUUGUAAUAUGGUUCCUGUACCUCCUGAUUUUCCCACCAAAGCAAUGGAUGCCUCUAAUUACAUUCAAGCUGGGCAGCAAAACAGUUUGAAACUUGAAUGUGUAAAAAGCUUAGUCAGUUCAAUUUCUGCACAGACUGGCUGUGUUAAUUCGGUGUUUUGUUUUAUCAUUCUUUUGUUUUGUUAUGUUUGCAAUAGGACUGCAUGCUCCGGCAGUUUUUCAAAGUGCCUUUAUGUUCGUGACCGGAGUGUUUUGUGAAUUCUUAUCAAAGGUAGGACAACAAAAUACGCAUAUAUUAUUAAAUUCACUGUCAUUCGGAUAUCACAGUGUAACAGUCCCACAGUUUUGAAAUGAAAGAGCACAAAAUCCUCAAAAUAUCCCAUGAAGCAAACGUAGCUUCCAAGAUUUAAGAACCCAAGUGGAAUUCUGUUCUCCUAUCUGCUGUUAAUGAAGUACUCACUUCAUUUGGUUUACCUGUUCCUGUGUUAUCAGUAAUGCCUCUUUGCACGCCCUUGACAAAACAAAAGUUUCAGGGAUGAUUAAAAUCACCAGCGCCAUGAUUAUAUCUGCAGUAUAAGGGACCGCACGCCGGCCGGGAAGCUCAUCCGCUCCGGCUGGAGGCAUUUGAGUGGAACCCGCAUCGGGUGCCCGGCCCACAGAAUCAGUAAUCUACAGCUGCAGGGUGUUACAGCCGAGCAAUGCAUCACCUGCAGUAGGUCAUACUUAAGUUGCAGGUUUGCACAAGCUUAAUGGUGACGGGCUAACUUCUGGCACAUCUGCUUCAAACGCGAAGCACUGCCUUACUACCUAUAUGCGUAAUGGGAAUAUUGUUUGGCUUGCAUCAGUUUGGAAAUGCUGCCUAAAUCCAAACCUUUUAAAAGAAUUCCCGGUAGACGAAGAAAAACUGUAAAACGAAAGUCAGUCAGAGUCGCACAAAGUAGAUGGCCACUACGAUAUAAAGUUUCACGCUAGAUGGAGCUUCCAUGGGACUAUCGUGUCUCGGCGCUUGCUGACAGGAGGGAUGUAAGAUAUGAGAAAUGAGAGCAGUUCCUUUUGCAAACUUGCUGUAUUAUGGCCCUUUUCAGGAGACUGGACUCCUGCACUGCCGUUCAAAGGCAAAAAACAGGGUUGCAAGUUUUCACGCUCACACAAGAAAUCUUACGACUUACGACAGAUCUGUUAUUCCAUUACAAACCUAUAAUUGGCUACAUCAAAAGCAUUGGGGUAGUUUGCAAACCCUACAGACUAUUUACAAGGUAAUAAAACUGUUACAUACAUGUGAAUGUGUGUCCAGACUUGGCAUUUGAAAAUAUCACACUAAGAACUAUUGUAAGCUAAGAACUAUUUCAACCGUAAACCUUGUAUUAAUCUUAUUGGCAGUAGUCCUAUAGAAAAGUGAUAUAUUCUUGGGUAAAGAAAGUUCAAAUUUGCAGGGGUACAGGCAGUCAUUUGGGUCCCCUGAAAAAACUGGUGGCCCAUGAAGAUAGAAUCUCCUCGACUAAUGUUCAUGUAUAUAAGAUAAAUUAUCAUUUGAGUUAUAUAAAAAUGUCUGUUGUUUGCAUUUUAGUGACAGGUUGAAGGAGGUACUAAGUUGCCCCCAUCCUGGCUAUAAUGGACUUUCCCACUUUGAUACUCCGCAAUGCCCAGCUUACUUUUACCACUCAGUUCUCCCGGUUGUUUCACAGCCAACCGGAGCGGUGUAGAGUAGCCCAACAGAAUACGAAAACAACGAUACCUUCUUGCUCCCAAUUGGCGUACCGAAUCGGCCCCCCGCCCCCAUCCUGAUUGGUAAGUACCGCCGGCACCCCGUAAUUUAAUUACUAUAUGAUGGAUGUUCUGUUGUUGAAAAUUCUCUCUCGUUUCUCUUUCGGCGCUAGAAAAUAGUUCAAAUCCCUUUUUAGGGGCCCCCAGAAAAGUCAGUCCGCCCCUGGUUUUGGCACUCUGCUUAACGGCCUUAAAACAGUUAAAGCUCUGCAUGGAAUUUCCCACCAGGUGGCACUAUAAUGCAAUUACAAUGAUGACAUCAUUUCCCAGAAUCAUAACCCCAUUUUAUACCAGGAAACAGCAGUAGAUACCAAGAUAAACCACAAUUAUCUUAAAAAAUGUGCAUGAUUUAAGUGGGAUUAUGUAUAUGCAAAUAUAUAAUAUUGCAAUCAAA